ACGGAACCUUUCCUCUUGACCACCAUGUUCUGCGCACUGGGGCGGUUGGCCGCCCUCUUUUUCUCCUUUUUCAUUGGCACAGCGGCAAGUGCAUCCUAUCAGGUUCCAUUCGCGUCCUACGACGAUGGCCUCUUCACGCCCUUUGAGCACCUCGACACGCUCACGCACCAUGAGUUCAGCACUCUGGGGCAUCCAGCGUUCCCAAACCAUAGCGUGCGCAUCAAGAAGUCCAACUUUUGUGACGGAGGCGUAAACGCAUACACGGGCUACAUCGACGUCGAAGUUCGCCACCUCUUCUUUUACUUCUUCGAGAGUCGAAACGAUCCUACGACGGAUGAUGUGAUCAUGUGGAUCAACGGUGGACCCGGCUGCUCCUCUAGCACGGGUCUCUUUAUGGAGCUCGGACCCUGCAGAGUUCUUACCCCAGAUGGACCAACGUACAACCCGUAUUCAUGGAAUGAGAAUGCGAAUGUGUUCUUCAUCGAUCAGCCUGUCGGCGUCGGGUUCUCGUAUGCUGAUUACGGCGAGUCUGUGAGCACUACCGACGAAGCCUCUCGAGACAUAGCUGCAUUCAUUGCCAUCUUCUUCGAGAACUUCAGCCAGUUCAAGGGUCGGGCGUUCCACAUGGCUGGCGAGUCUUACGGCGGAAAAUACAUACCUAUGUUCGCUGCUGAGGUGUACGACCAAAAUGCGGCGCUCGUGGCAGCGGGUAUGACUCCGAUCAAUCUCGGGUCUAUCAUUAUAGGCAAUGGUGUUACGGACUACUACAAACUAUGGCCCGCGUACAUCGACAUGGUAUGUGCAAACGCGUCGACUUUCCCUAUUGCAAGUGUCGGGGCAUGCGUAAGCAUGAAGGAGGCUCUUCCGCGGUGCCAUCGAUGGACUCAGGCUUCCUGUAUCGACUCAUUCGAUGACAUCAGCUGCAAUGCCGCCCGUGACUUCUGCUACAGCGCGAUAGAGGCCCCUUUCUACGAGACAGGCCGUAAUCCUUACGAUAUCAGCAAGGACUGCGAAGGUGGUAUUGGCGCCACACUUUGUUACCCCAUAACCAAGCACAUCACCGAAUACCUCGACCUCCCUUCGGUCCGCACAGCACUGGGCGUGGACCCUUCCCUCUCCACGCUCAACUUCACCUCAUGCUCCAACACAGUCGGGUCGGCGUUCUCGGCGCACUCGGACAAGCUACACCCGACGUCAGAGCACGUCGCGCAGCUGCUCGAGCGCGGCGUGCACACCCUGAUAUACGCGGGCGUGAACGACUGGAAGUGUAACUGGCUCGGCAACCAGCGGUGGACGCUCGAUCUCGAGUGGACGGGGCACGACGCAUUCAGCACGCAGCCGCUGAAGGAAUGGGAGGUUGACGGCGAGGUAGCGGGGAGGACGAGGGGCGCGCAUGGGUUGACGUUUGCGACGAUCUAUGGGGCUGGUCAUAUGGUUCCGUAUGACAAGCCUAAGGAGGCUCUGGCGAUGAUUCAAAGGUGGCUUUCUCAGGAAACCCUGUAAUUUAUAUGUGUCAGUUCAAGUUGUAACAAGACAGAAGUGGC